GAAAAAUAUUUUCUUCUUCAAAAAAAAAACAAGCAAAAAACAAACAAAAUCUCCCGUAGCCUUCUUCUCCCUCGUGCCCUUCUUCUCUCCUGGCGGCGACGGCUCGGCGAGGCGGCCGCCGUUCGCAGGUCUUCGCCGGCGACGAGCAUCACCAGGUCGACCGGAACGCAGAGGGUGGGGGAUCGGUGAGCAGCUGCAGCCAUGUCCGUGGCGGCCGGCGUGAGCGAUGCGGCCAUCGCGGUACGCGACAAGCUCCGUGGCAAGAUUGGCCAGACCAAGGUCAAACGGUACUGGCCGGGGAAGGCGCCGGAGUGGGCCGACGACGCCGAUGAGGACACGGAUCUCAGGACGACACGGGUUGACAAGGCGUUCCCCAAGGACGACGACGGCGAUGUCCCCGCCAAGGAUGACCGCCGGCUCCGCCGCCUUGCGGAGACUCGCGCGGAGAAUAAGGAGGAGCUGAGGGCGGAUCACCGCCGCAUACGGCAGGCGGAGAUUGUGUCGACUGCGGAGGAGGAGAGCGAGAGGCAGGAUGCUGACAUCGACGAGGAGGAUGAGGAGGCCCAGGAGGAGAGGAGGAGGAGGAUAAGGGAGAGGCAGCUGUUGAGGGAGCAGGAGGAGCUGCUUCCUCAGGAAGAGGAGGAACCGGUGGAGGAUGAGGAGUCUGAGGAGGAGUCCGAGUAUGAGACGGACUCUGAGGAUGAGCAGAUGGGCAUGGCCAUGGUGAAGCCUGUGUUCAUACCAAAGUCACAGAGGGACACCAUUGCGGAGCGUGAACGGCUGGAGGAGGAGGAGCGGCAGCUUGAGGAGCUGGUCAAGAAGAGGCUAGAGGCUAGGAAGAUUGAGACUAGACAGAUUGUGGUUGAAGAGAUUAGAAAGGAGCAGCACAUUGAGAAGGCGCUGAAUGAAGAGGCCAACAUUGAGGAUGUCGACACAGACGACGAGUUGAAUGAAGCAGAGGAGUAUGAGGCAUGGAAAAACAGAGAAAUAGCAAGAAUUAAGAGGGACAGGGAGGAAAGGGAUGCGAGGUUGAAGGAGAAGGAGGAGAUCGAGAAGGUCAGGAAUAUGACCGAGGAGGAGCGUCGGGAAUGGGAGCGGAAGAAUCCGAAGCCACUUCGUCAGACGACGAAACAGAAGUGGAAAUUCAUGCAGAAGUAUUAUCACAAAGGUGCCUUCUUCCAGGAAGGUGCUGAUGAUGUUAUCCAGUCAGCUGGUAAAGAUGAUAUCUACACCCGUGAUUUCUCUGAACCCACUGGAGAAGAUAAAAUGGAUAAGAGCAUCCUGCCCAAGGUCAUGCAAGUCAAACAUUUCGGGCGCAGCGGCAGAACGAAAUGGACACAUCUUGUUAAUGAGGACACUACAGAUUGGAAUGCACCAUGGUCAACAAAUGGGCCUCUGCGAGCAAAGUAUAAUGCAAAAAUGGCUGGCAUGAAUGCGCCUAUAGCUAAACCAAAGGGAAGUAAGAAGCUGAAGGACUGGGAUACAAAAUGAGAUGCCAGAGACAGGCACUUUGUGGAAUGCUUCUAACAAGCUUCAGCUUGAACAAUUAUCAUAAGAAAAAAAAAGGGGGCAGACGGCCAGAAGUCUUUAAGCAAGACCUAGUGUCUUUUUUGUAGUUUUUUGUGUUACGCUGAAGUGAUUUGCAAUUUGCAUAGUGCUCUCUGCUGUGUGUGUAACAUGUGCUCUAAUGUGCGCUUGGCAACCCAUCGUUCUUGUAACUCGGUCUUAUUUGUUUCUCUUUUUCUAAGAGAGAGAGAGAGAGAGAGAAAACUUACUAGCUUUGGCUUAUCAUAGUAUAAUGUUUUUCUCUCGUAAAAAAUCAGCGAGCAUAUCAGCGAA